GUGGACGCAGGUGGAGGUGCGUCAAGGGACCCACAAGUCACCGAGACGUUACAGGGGCGACGGAACCUUCACAAUAAAAGCCCAAGUGCGCCGUCUUUUCACGGAGGGUUUUAGUGUGAAAAGAAAAAAAAAUAAAUAAAUAAAAAAAUCCGAGUCCGGAGCGCCGUUUCCUGCCUUCCGGCUGACUUGACGGCGGGGGAUGCAGGUGGAGCGACUCGGGCAGGACCGCGCACAUCUGUCUUGAAGGAGAAAAGAGGAGGGGAAGAGGAAAACCUCAUCGCUGUGGAUAAAACAACAACAAACAUCCAUCUGAGCGACUUCCAGUUUUUAACUCACGGAUAUUAUUGUUGUUUGGAGAAUAGCGGGAUUACCACAAAAUACAAGUUGCCAGCUGCCACUAUAACCAUGGAACCAAUACAAACAUAAAUCUUAACGCUCCAUAAGGAUUCGGAGAAGAGGCGGUUUAUGGUUAAACGAUGAACCCGUCGUGUACUGCAGGAUACAUCAUAAACCCCUGACACCUGUCGCCACUGCUGAAGCCACAGUCCUCUUCUGCUUUUUUUUCCUCUUAAAGAUUACAGUGUUUUCCCCCAAACUUGUGGCAACGACAAAUUUUCUGGAGAUUGCACAGAAGUCCGUGUUCUACAGACAAACAUUACAACUUUGAGCAAAAGACAUUCGAAGUAACGGAUGUGCUGAAAUUACUGUAGUUCCCUCAUUUACUYCCCUGCUGUUUCUCUGUCCUAGAGGCACCGACUGAUGGAGAGACGAAGACGGGAGUCAGGAUAAAGACGAGAAUCGAAGUAUUGAGCAGCAGAAGCAAAACUGCUUUUCGGCCCGAAAAUAUUAUAAUAGAUCUUCUGUGGGGAUUGCUUUAUGCUAAAAAUAUAUUUCAGUUGUGAUUAAAAACUAAUUCUCGUAUCCACAGUAGAGCUAAUCUUUAGCUCCGUGGUUUAUUAAACAUUAAAGGAUCACGGAGAAAAGGGAAAACUUUAGAACUUCUAUCAUGACCAGGAGGUUAAGAGCCCUGUGUUUGCCCCUGUGGCUCGUUGCCCUAUUCAGCAUGCUCACCACAGUGAAGAUGCUGGAAUUCGGAGGGGCACCGGGCCAGUAUGCUCGCUAUGGACGCUGGGAGGCUGGAUCGGUGGGUGAGCUGAGCUUCAGUCUAAAAACCAACAUCAGCCAAGCCUUGGUACUCUACCUGGAUGACGGUGGCAACUGUGACUUCUUGGAGCUACUGAUUGCUGGUGGACGACUCCAGUUGCGCUUUGCCAUCCACUGUGCCGAGCCAGCUAUUUUGCAUUUGGAAACGCGAGUCAACGAUGACCGCUGGCACAUGGUCUUGCUCACCCGCAACUUUCGCAAUACUUUACUGAUGGUGGACGGGGAGACAAAAGUGGCCGAAGUCAAGUCGAAGAGGAAGGAGAUGGCGGUGGUCAGCGACCUGUUUGUGGGUGGAAUCCCUCCAGACGUGCGCCUCUCCGCUUUGACUUCCAGCACCGUGAAGUAUGAGCCUCCUUUCCACGGCUUGAUCUCCAAUCUGAAAGUGGGAGAGACGCCACCUACUUUGUUAAAUAGCCAAGGAAUUCAGAGUGAUCUGGAGUACCUCUGCACCAAACAGAACCCAUGCUUCAAUGGAGGGUUUUGUUCAAUCCAGUACGGAGAAGUUCACUGUGAUUGCACCCACACUCGCUAUAGGGGCAAGUACUGCAAGGAAGCUGAAGAGUAUAUUGUCGAAGGUCUGGCGCACCUGACGUUAAACGACCAAGGUAAAGAAGAAUCUGUCGCCACCUUCAAGGGGAACGAGUUCUUCUGCUACGACCUGUCCCUGACGCCGAUCCAGAGCAGCACUGACGAGAUUACGCUCUCCUUCCGAACGCUGCAACGCAAUGGCCUCAUGCUGCACACCGGCAAGUCCGCCGAUUACGUCAACCUGUCCCUGAAGAGUGGCGCCGUGUGGCUGGUCAUCAACCUGGGCUCGGGGGCCUUUGAGGCCCUCGUCGAGCCUGUCAAUGGCAAGUUUAACGACAAUGCCUGGCAUGACGUGCGCGUCACCCGCAACCUGCGCCAGGUGACCAUCUCUGUUGAUGGUAUUUUGACCACCACGGGCUACACUCAGGAAGAUUACACCAUGUUGGGAUCUGAUGACUUCUUUUACAUUGGAGGAAGCCCCAACACUGCAGACCUGCCUGGAUCACCAGUCAGCAACAAUUUCAUGGGCUGCCUUAAAGAUGUGGUGUACAAGAACAAUGACUUUAAGUUGGAGCUCUCCCGGCUGGCUAUCGAGCGUGACCCUAAAAUCACGCCAAAUGGCGAUCUGGUGUUCCGCUGCGAGGAUGUGGCAGCUCUGGAUCCCGUAACGUUCGAAACCCCAGAGUCCUAUAUUUCUUUGCCCAAGUGGAACACCAAGAAGACGGGUUCUAUCUCUUUCGACUUCCGCACCACGGAGCCCAGUGGCCUGCUGCUGUUCAGCCAUGGGCGCCCCCAGGGUCCAAAGGAGCAGAAGCCUGUUAGGGAGCUGAAGACUGAUUACUUCGCCAUGGAGCUUCUGGAUGGAUAUUUAUACCUGCUGAUCGAUAUGGGCUCUGGAAAAACAAAGCUCAAAGCGAGCAACAAGAAGGUCAAUGACGGGGAAUGGUGCCAUGUUGAUUUCCAGAGGGAAGGAAGGAAAGGGUCUAUCUCGGUCAAUAGCCGCAGCAUGCCCUUCAUGUCCCCAGAAGGCAGUGAAAUCCUGGACCUGGACAGUGACAUGUUUCUGGGAGGACUGCCUGAGACCAAGUCAGACCUCAUCUUGCCGCCGGAGGUUUGGACCGCCCUCCUAAACUACGGUUACGUCGGCUGCGUCCGCGACCUCUUCAUCGAUGGCAAGAGCCGAGACGUGCGCCGCCUGGCUGAGAUCCAGAGCGCUCUGGGUGUCAGCAGCUUCUGCACCCGCGAGCUGCAGAAGCGAUGCAGCAGCGCCCCCUGUGGCAAUGCAGGCCUGUGCAAAGAGGGCUGGAAUCGCUACAUUUGUGAUUGCACCGGUACAGGGUACCUCGGCAGCAACUGUGACAUAGAGGCCACAGUUCUGAGUUAUGACGGCAGCAUGUAUCUGAAGAUCAUCAUGCCAUUCACCAUGCACACCGAGGCAGAGGAUGUGGCGCUUCGCUUCAUGUCCCAGCGGGCGUACGGCCUGCUCAUGGCCACCACCUCCAAAGAGUCAGCAGACACCCUGCGACUGGAGCUGGACGGGGGCCGCGUCAAACUCACUGUCAACCUCGAUUGUAUCAGGAUAGACUGUAGCCUCAGUAA